AGCCAUAUGUUCCGCAAAGCGUAGCCAGUAAGAUUGACCAAAGCUGGAUUCCGUAGUGUAGACAGUGUUUAGGCUUUAGUGCAAGCCUAAAUGACAGAUGUCAGCAAUUUGUCCGAGAACAAUAGGAUAAAUUGGUAAAAUAAAGACAGUAAUAACGGUUUGUUUUGUAGUUCUGCUGUAGCUAAGUUUAUUUCGCACACUUAAGGUCAUUUCGUGCAAGCACACCUAGCAGGUUAGUGUGUGCUAGGUAGCUAGCUAGCUUGCUUGUUAGCUAAAGACAACGUCACAAGAAGAAAAUCAGAAACAAACGCAGUGAUCGGUUGAUAAAAAGGUGCCGUCUGGGAAAUAAACCACCGAAAGUGCCAGAAUGAAUGUCGCUAAAAGUGGUUAUCGCGUCUUUUCAGCAAACUCCUCCGUAGCAUGCACAGAACUGGCCAAGAAGAUAACAGAACGGCUGGGAGUUGAACUGGGGAAGUCUGUGGUCUUUCAGGAGUCUAACAGAGAAACUAGAGUUGAUGUGAAGGAGUCAGUUCGUGGACAAACUAUCUUCAUCAUCCAGACUAUACCACGAGAUGUCAACACAGCCAUCAUGGAGCUUCUGGUUAUGGCCUACGCCCUCAAGACGUCUUGUGCAAAGAACAUCAUUGGAGUCAUCCCUUACUUUCCAUACAGCAAACAGUGCAAGAUGAGAAAGAGGGGCUCGAUAGUGAGCAAGUUGUUAGCUUCAAUGUUAGCAAAAGCAGGAUUAACACACAUCAUCACCAUGGACCUGCAUCAGAAGGAGAUCCAGGGCUUCUUCAGCUUUCCAGUGGACAACUUGCGUGCCUCCCCUUUCUUAAUUCAGUACAUCCAAGAAGAGAUUCCUGAUUACAGAAAUGCCAUCAUUGUGGCAAAGUCUCCAUCAGCAGCUAAGAGGGCUCAGUCCUACGCAGAACGCCUGCGUUUGGGUCUAGCUGUUAUUCACGGCGAGGCUCAGUGUUCAGAGUCUGACAUGGCUGAUGGAAGACACUCCCCACCAUGUGUACGUAACACCACAGGACACACAGGGCUGGAGCUUCCUUUAAUGAUGGCCAAGGAGAAACCUCCCAUCACUGUAGUCGGAGACGUGGGAGGGAGAAUAGCCAUUAUUGUGGAUGACAUUAUAGAUGAUGUAGGAGACUUUGUUGCAGCUGCAGAGAUCCUGAAAGAAAGAGGAGCCUAUAAAAUCUACAUCAUGGCCACACACGGCCUACUGUCUGCUGAUGCUCCACGCCUCAUAGAGGAAUCUGCCAUUGAUGAGGUGGUGGUGACUAACACAGUUCCCCAUGAAGUACAGAAGCUACAGUGUCCCAAAAUCAAGACUGUGGAUGUCAGCAUGAUAUUGGCCGAAGCCAUCCGCCGCAUCCAUAAUGGAGAGUCCAUGGCCUACUUGUUCCGCAACAUCACCGUGGACGACUAGACAGUCAGAUAGUGAGAGCUGAGGGCCUGGAUUUGCAUUGUGCCUCUGCAAGACCUUCUUCAAGGUGAACUCAUUCUUCAAGCACUGUAGAGGACUUCAGGCGUUCAACAGCCUUGGUGAAAUUUACAUCAAAAUGUGGCUGAAAUGGAGAAAAACACUGCCAAUAAUGAAAUUUUAAACCUCACCUCAUAAUGGUUUUAUUGUAUGAUAUUUUUAAAUAAAUGUAAUUAAUAUAUAUACAUUAGGGUGAAACUAAAUUCCCUAUACUUUGGGAAACUGAGAAACAGCUGGAAAACAGGUUACUGUUUAGCUUUGUUAAUACUUGAACAAUAAGGCUUUUCACUGUUGUAAUUAGUACUACUAGUAUUUGGAGUACUGAUUGUAUUGAUUUAUAUUAACUCAAAGAGCUAAAAGCUAGAAAACUUCAACAGCAGCAAAGGCCUUGAAAUGUGCAAAAAAAAACACAUGAAUUGGGGCUAUGUUUAACUUUGCAGUCAGACCAGUACUAUAAAUCCUCCUACAUUCUUCAUUUAUUUGAAGAAUUUACCUACAUAAAGGGUCAGUACUGGAAAAGAUGUUUUAAUAAUCAAUAAUUACACUCAAUAAUAAUAUCUCACUAAAAUGUCAACAAAAUAAAUAAUAUUUAUUUAUUAAUGAAAACUUAAUGAAAAACUCAGUAUCAGUCAUUAUCAUUCCCUUCCUCCUCCCUGCUGCUGAUGUGAUCCAUUGCCUGCAGAUACCGCUGGUAGAGAGGGGGUGGCUGGUUUGUCUCAGCCAGAUUCACAGAAAACUACGUUACACAGUGGGACUACAUACAGACACCUUUUGGUUUAGCUUCUUUGUAGUUUUUCAUUAUUAUCUGUAGAUAAAGGUUUUUUUGCAGUUACAGUAACGAGCUUAUUCCGCUCUGCUAUUCGCUGACUUCGCUCAGUGUGUGUAUUUGUGUAGGAGUUCAACACCAACACAGAAAGCAGGAUUCCUGUAUGAUUUCAACGUGGAUUUGUUGGCCACAAUAAAACUUUUGCAUAAUCAAGGAAAAAAUAGGUAUCAUUAAAAGUGAGUUUUUUAAAUUUUUAAUCAGAGAUGCUACCUAGCAACUUCACUGCAGCUUCCAGCAUGCUGGUAGCGAUGACAACGCAGAAACCAGAGACUAUAUAUUUACAAACUAUAGUCAUAAGAUUAUUUAUUUUGUAAUGUCUUGAACUAAACAUCAAGUAGAGGUUCAUACACAGAGCUGAUUUUGUAGAAUCAGCAAUGACAUGUUCCUCCUCAGCAAUUAACGAGUUCUAUACUACUAUGCUGAUCUCUUGCCUGAUUUUCCAGCGUGGGUCCUACUGUUAGUGGGCUGCCAGCUGUAGACUGCAAACACACAGGGAUGCACACACACAGACUCUGUCUCUGAGGCAGAGGUGAGAACUCUUAGGUGUCAAGGAGGCGCCGUGGUUGGUUUCUGUCUAUGGGAUCCAAUGCACGUGACCUGAGGCCUUGUUUGACUGUGUAAUGCAGCGAGAUAAUGGAUAGUAAUGUGACCAGUGGGAUGACUGUUGACCUCAGUGGACCCAGCACACCUGCUGUUGCACUGAUGGUGUUACUCAGGGUGAAGCAGAUGUUUUUCUGGGAAUAUUCAAAAAUAAAGGGCAAGUAUGACGGCAGCAGAUGUUUUAAUUCUAUGCAAUAUUUUAAGGCCAUUCUUUAAAACAAGUCUGACCUGUCAUGUUAUUGCCUUUCUGUGUUGCUAUCAACCUAUCAACAUAUAUUAAUUUUCCUCUCAUUGCCACUACUCAACUGAUGGUAGCUCUGUGCAGGAGGCAAAUUCAUUAAAUUGUCUGACAGCCCACUUCACAAGCCAGACGGAAAACAAGUGUUGAAAUAAGCACAUGUGGAUCUAUUAUAUCCAUACACAACAAUGUUACUCAACAAUCAGACAGGAUUCUAAACUGUUGUUUAUGCUCAUGGAAAGACCUUUCUGUUUAUAAUUUUUUAAUGCACCACUCCACUGCAUUAAAAUACAGAAUUCAUGACGUGCCCAUGAAGUCAUUUGAUUAAAAUUUGAGCUUGAAUGGUUCGAUCCCCUGUAUGUUCAAGAAUUUUUGAUGUUCUUCUUAUUUGUCUUCUGUAUCCUUGUCUUCACUGAAUGUGAAGUUUCACCUCAGCAGACCAUGAGAUGAAAUAAAGAUUGAAAGGAU